AUGACCACGUCUUACGGGUAUGAGCUAGACUUUACUUGGGACCACCCGUGGCCGCGGGCUCCGGUGCCGAAGAACGAGGACGAACGCCUUGCCGACUUGGAGGGGUACCACAUUCUCGACACGGCGCCGGAGGAGAAGUUCAACAAGCUGUGCCGCAUCGCUUGCAAGGAGAUGAAGUGCCCGAUUUCGGCCGUGAGCUUCAUCGACAAGUCCAAGCAGUGGUUCAAAGCCAACAGUGGACUCACACAAGCAGCCAUCCCGCGGGAUGUUGCCCUCUGCGCGCACACCAUCAUGAACCCGCGAAAUGCCGUCGUUGUGCUCGACACGACCACGGAUGAACGGUUCAAGAACAAUCCUCUGGUCACCCGCGCAUCGUCCGUCAAGUUUUACGCCGCCGUGCCCCUUGUGACGGCCCGGGGGACGUGCAUCGGAUCUGUGUUUGUGUUUGAUGUCAAGACCCACACAUCUUGCGACACUAAGUUGCUGCAGAAAAUCGCCGCCAAGGUCAUGAAGUACCUCGACGAACGUCUGCGACCGACGGCGGAACUAUCCCAAUCUGUCGGCCCAACCGCUCUCCGACCCAUCGUUCAACAGCCGCUCGCCCGCUCGGCGUCGGCCGAGUACCGGCAACCUGCCCCGGAGCCGCAACCUCGCCCUCAGUCGACAGAACCCUCUGCAGAGAAGCUGCAUGUCGCAGCCGAACGACGAAUGUCUGCAGGCACUAGCUUCGCUCCUCCCCCGCCGGCAACGCAACCUGUUGCUCCCAUUCCACCUCCUGCCCGCGCACAGUUCCAGGAGGCUCCGCGAAGUGUGCAGACGCCGCCGCCGCGAACGACUCCGACAACUCCUUCCCCCGAGUCAGCACUUGUUGCCUCUGGUCCCACGGAAUCCACGGAGCGAUCUCUGUCGACAAAUGCCGUCAACCCCGAAGGCCAGAUGACCAACAUGGGCGCCAUGCUCAUGAACCUCCUGGCGCGGACGACGGAGACGCAGCAGCAGCUCGCGGCCCAGCAAGGCGUGAUGUUCGAGACCUUGGGCCAUCACUCGGAGCAGCUCAACUCGCUUUCGGAGACGCUGAACAACUUGGAAACGCGCAUCGACAAGACCAUCCGAACCAAGAGAUAG